AUGCAACCGAUGCUCAGUGCUGAGCGCGAGGUGCUCAAGACGCUACGCCGGGAGAACAAGGAUUUGUGGAAUCGCGUGUGGAGCAUUCAUUAUGUAGGUAUGAGCCAGGCUAAUAUAUGCGAUACCUAUUUUCCUUUGCCGCUUGUGGUACAGAGCACAAGCUACUUCAAGUCGACCGACGGGCACAUGCACCAGUGGAAUUUUAGUUUAAAGCGCGCGAAUCUGCACCUGGUCCCAGUGAUACAAGAUGCGCCGCAUUCAGACCUCACAGGCAUGCUUGUGGUUGACUCUACUCGCAGAGGCAAGCGAUACCCCGAUGCAUUGUCCAAAACUGUACCGAUUUGGUGUGCAGUGCUUACAAAAGCGUCGUUCCUUCGGUAUGGCACGCCGCACUGCACAGCACUGCAGCUUCCUCCAGGCACCGUGUCGGCGAGCGAGCGGCAGCAAAUCGAGGCUCGGCUAGAUGAAUGGGUGAGCAAUUUUCUCACCUCUGAUCUUCCCAUUCCCAGAUUGACUAAGCCGCUCUGCCCUUUUCAUGUACACCCCGGCCACUGCCCCGCAUUUCCAACGCCUUCGGAGGCAGUGCAUCAUGUCGUGCUGGUGAGUGCAUCUGCGCUUGAAAAUGUGCCGCAUCGAAGCGAGGAGCAUGCAUCGUACGUACAGGGUGCGGGCGAUGACCAUGAAAGUUGGGCGAUGGGCCUGACGCCGGAACUAUUUUGGAAGAACAAGACGACUAUUUUGGGGCCCGCGAUGAAACGCCCAGCACUAGCGGCAUACAUCGAGCAGAUUGUCGCAGAAAGGGCGCUACUGGUUUUGGAUGAUGACGGUGCCUACGAACUUAGCACUACUGGGUUGUGCAUAGCGCGACGGCUGCCAAGCUCCGAGGCGGAAAAGACGCAGUAUGCAUUGAUGGUGCACUGCACGCCGCUUCCUCAAGCAUCCAGCAAGCAGAUCUUGUACUGCAAGGAGGAGACCGGAAAACGCGGGCUGUACGACUUUUCCGCAUACCUUGGUCCUGCAGUCGACGCCGUCACCGAUGCAUUGAUUGCAAGCGACAAACCCGUCCUGCUCGCUAGCGCAGACUAUCACAGUAGUGCCGCGCUUGCAAUUGCCGUCCUCGCCGCAAGUUUCGACGAGCACAGAAAUCUGAUACGCGCGCGCAGAUCACUGACUUUGCACCGCGCACAUAUCUCCAAGGAUACUACGCAACGGCGCCUGCAGUGGGUCGCGAGUGUAUCGAACCAACUCGCGCCGAGUCGCGCUUACCUACAGCGUGUGAAUGCAUUCUUGAUGGGCCCGCAGCGCCGUGUCACGCUCUACAAUGACUCGUGUGUAAAUAAUGUAUAG